ACAUAUGAACACCAUUGCAACCCUGUCCGGAACACGACGGCAUUCCUCCAUUUUCCAUCACCCUCCACGGCCUGAGUUCACCAGUUAUCUGACCUGAUCUCUCUUUCUCUCUCCCUCUCUCCUUGUCGCCAGCAGUCAAUCUAAGCACCCUCCUCUUCUCGAAAGAUCGACACUGCCGCUCAAGGCACACCGCACUCAACCCGUCCUGCGAGUCCGCUUUCGCGCCAACUCCUGUCGAUCCGCCUGCGGCUGAGCCUCGACCCUGCAGCCUCGUUUCGGUGUGUCCUGCAACAAACCUCGGUUCCCAGUCAGCUGCCUCGCCUUGGCUUAGGUCUCAACACCAUCCGUGCCGUCACUCCGUCCACCGCCAUCAUGUCCCUCGACUUGGAAAAGCAUUUGACCUUUUAUGGGGCUUACCACCACAACACUGUCAACAUUGGCAUUCACAUGGCCUGUGUGCCCCUCAUCCUCUUUUCGGGAUUUUGUCUAGCCACCAACACAGGAACUCUCAUCCCGCUUCCUAGCUGGCUCACUGUCCCUAACCUAGAACUCAACCUGGGAACCUUGGCCGCUUUGACUUGGGGUGGUCUGUAUGUUCUCCUCGAGCCUGUUGCCGGCACUCUGCUGGCCGUCAUCUGCCUGGCCGCCACCGCUGCUGGCAACUCCUUCAGGCUCCAGAACCCUGCCUUGACGAAUCAGGCCGCCAUCGGUGUUCACAUCGCCUGCUGGAUUUUCCAGUUCAUCGGACAUGGCGCCUUCGAGGGACGUGCGCCGGCUCUGCUGGACAACCUGGUCCAGGCUGUAUUCCUCGCGCCUCUUUUCGUCUGGCUCGAGUUUCUCUUCAAGCUCGGCUACCGACAGGAGCUCAAGGGCCGUGUCGACAAGGCCGUCAAGAAGGAAAUCGCCAAGUUCAGGGCCUCCAAGGCGAAUGGUGACGCCAAAAACGGUAAAGCACAAUAAACACAAACGUGGCCUAUCCAUCGACAAACAUUUAUUUAUCCGGUAUUGUGU